AUGGUCAGUACAGAGAUAAUUAGACAAAGGGAAUCUUUACCGGUUUUUCCUUACAGACAAGAAAUAAUUGACGCGAUAAAAAGUGAACCCUUACUUGUAGUUAUCGGAGAGACCGGAUCUGGUAAAACAACACAGAUCCCUCAGUACAUUUUAGAAAGUUUUCCAGAGUUUAGGCUGAUUGGAGUAACUCAACCUAGGCGCAUAGCAGCAAUUACUGUAGCUAAUCGUGUAUCUGAGGAACAUGGAUCUAGAUUAGGCGAUGAUAUCGGAUAUUGCAUACGAUUUGACGAUUGUACAUCAGCUAGAACACAUUUAAAGUAUAUGACUGAUGGUGUUUUGUUGCGUGAGGCAACUAUUGAUCCACGUCUAUCCCAUUAUGAUGUUAUAAUUGUUGAUGAAGCUCACGAAAGAACAUUAGAAACUGAUGUCUUAUUUGGAUUAUUAAAAGAAACUCAUCGUUUACGUCCAGAAUUAAAGAUUCUCGUAAUGUCUGCAACUCUUAACGUAGAAAAAUUUUCAGAUUUUUUUAAUAGUUGUCCGAUAUUUAUUAUUCCUGGAAGAACAUAUGAUGUGGCAAUUAACCAUCACCGAGAUGCAAAAAUCUCUAGCCUUAAAUCAACUUACGUUCAACGUUCUGUAGAGACCGCUUUAUAUAUUCAUACCCAAGAACCUCCAGGCGAUAUUUUGGUAUUUUUGACCGGCCAAAAUGAAAUAGAGAAGGCUUGUAGAGACCUUGAAGGUCUGGAUCGAGACCUAAAUUAUAAAACUGACGUAAAACAUUUCGAGGAUGUAAGAGGCUUGGUGAUAUACCCUAUUUAUGCUACUUUAGAAACUAUGGAACAAAAAGCUAUAUUUGAUGAUCCUCCUCGAUAUACUAGAAAGAUUGUAUUUGCAACUAAUAUUGCUCAGACUUCUGUAACAAUACCUGGUAUCAAAUAUGUUAUUGAUUCUGGAUUUGUGAAACAAAAAACUUACGAUCCGGCUACUGGAAUGGAUGCCCUUUUAGUUGUGCCGAUCUCUCGAGCUGCUGCUACGCAAAGGGCUGGCCGUGCUGGUCGAACUGCAUCGGGUCAAGCUUUUAGACUUUAUAGUCGGGAAUCUUAUGAACAAAUGGAAGGAGAUACCGUACCAGAGAUACAAAGAAGUAGUUUACUGGGUACUGUACUUAGUUUAAAGAAAAUGGGGAUCAACGAUAUUAUCAACUUUGAAUUUAUUGAUCCUCCUGAUCCGGCUAUGGUAAAAAAUGCUUUAAAACAACUAUUUUUGCUAGAAGCUAUAGAUGAUACUGGAAAGCUUACUACUUUGGGCAAUGAAAUGUCGAUUUUUCCAUUGAGCCCCUUUCUUUCUAGGGUAUUAAUCGCAAGUUCAAGGAAAUAUGAAUGUAGUCGAGAGGUUGUAAUAAUAGUAGCAAUGCUUUCGGUUGAUGAAAUAUUCGUAUCUCCGAGAAGUGCUGAAAAACAAAUGGAUGCGGAUGAAAAAAGAAGAGAGUUCUAUCAUCCUUCAGGUGAUCACAUGAUGCUAUUGAACAUUUUUGAAAAAUAUCGAGAUAGUGGUUAUAGUCGUGAUUGGUGUAGGGAUAAAUACUUUAAUUAUCGAGCUUUAUCGAUGGCUAAAAGCGUUCGUGAUCAACUCAGAGAAUUAAUGGUAAAACAUGAUCUUCCAUUGAUUUCAUGUCGACUAAAAAAUUAUCAAGUCAAAGACGAUGGUGAUAGGCACAGGAAAAAACGAAGGAAUUCUUACCAAGAUAUUAAGUAUAAUGCUGAGAAAAUACUUGAAUCAUUUUCUACUUCAUAUUAUAUAAAUUUAGCAAAAAGGCACCCUCAUCGUCCGGUAUUUUAUCAUUACGCAUCAGCCACUGGCCCUGGUAGUGAGGGUAUAGAUUCAAAUUCGUCGCUGUUGGCGUUACAUAUUUCUCCUACAUCCGCGUUACAUCCUGAUAAUAAAAUAGUUAGGGUUGAUGAUUUAGAUUGGGUAACUUAUCUUAGUGUUUUAUAUACGAAUAAGGCUUUGAUGAAAGUUGUUAGCAAGGUUAAAUUAGAAUGGGUACAAGAAAGACUAAAUUUAUUCAAAAAACUAGCAACAGCAAAUUUGGAUGGAUCUUAUGGCAGUGAUAAAAGUGAAAGCAACACGCUUGAAGGCAGUGAUAAAGUGAAUUCAGCGGUGACUGAUGCACAAAAAGUAAAGGAUAAAGACGAUGAGAAGAAAAGAAAAAGAUUAGAGGCCAUUGAAGCUGCAAGACAAAGAGCAUUAGCUAGAAAAUCCAUUACUAAUCAAGAAUAA